AGGCGAUGCAGCGGAGGAGGGCGCAAGCAGCAGGCGAGUGCGCUUCGUCGGGAGGACGGCGGAAGAGGGACGCGGUCUGUCUGUCCGCCAAGGACGUAUUCACGCCAGUUCGCCUGGGGACCGAAUAAUCCUUCCGCCGUCUCGGAACAUCAGCUUGAUUGAUCGAUCGAUCGAUCGAUUGAUUUGAUUGAUUGAUAGAUUGAUCAACGGGCCCGAGUGCGAUUAGGUCGGGGGGCAGGAGGAGUUGCGAUCCAGCAGAGGGAAGCAGGGUGAUUAGGGUGAUUUCCCCUCCGCACGGAUGAACGAGAGAAUAGGGUUAUAAACAAAAAAAAGCCGCCGGCCGACAAGGAGAGAGGGAGUGGUAGUCGAGGAGUGGAACUGUUUUGCUAUCUUCAUUCGCAGGAUUUGCAACCGUUGACGAUCAAUCACAAUGAAGAAGAAGCAGAAGGGAAAGGAGGGAAACGCCGUCAGGUACUGCACUAGGAAUCAGGCGCUCAAGCGGCUUCAGAUCAGUCUUCCUUCCUUCAGGCGGCUAUGUAUCUUGAAAGGGAUUCAUCCCCGAGAACCGAAGAAGAAGCUUCAUGGCCUAAACAAGACCUACUAUCAUGUCAAAGACAUAAAGUUCUUGUCGACGGAGCCGCUGCUGGAGAAGGAGAGGGAAAUCAGAGCUCACGAGAGAAAGAUUCGCAAAGCCAAGGCGAAGUGGAACGACGAUUUGGUCGAGAGGUUGAAGAAGAGCACCCCAACGUACACUGUGGACCGGCUUGUCAAGGAAAGGUACCCCUCAUUUAUCGAUGCCUUGAGGGAUCUAGACGACCCCCUAACCAUGAUCCACCUGUUCGCCGUCCUGCCGGCCGACAACAGCCACAGAAUUCCUUAUCAACGGGUCCACAAUGCCAGGCGGCUGUCGCUGGAAUGGCAGGCGUAUGUCAUUCGAACGCAUGCCCUUCGCAAGACGUUUGUAUCAGUGAAGGGUGUGUAUUAUCAGGCGGAAGUGGUUGGGCAAAAGGUAACGUGGUUGGUGCCGCAUCCGCUCACCCAAGUGCUUCCGGAGGAUGUCGACUUCAGAGUCAUGUUGACCUUUCUUGAGUUCUAUGAGACGCUUUUGGGUUUCGUGAAUUUCAAGCUGUAUCAUUCCUUAGGGCUCUCGUAUCCGCCAAAGCUGGAUCCCAAGCUUGAGAAGGCGGCGGCAGAAUUGUCGGCGAUUAUGGCAGCGCUUGCCAAGAAGAAAGCAGAGGCGGCGCCGCCGGCUGCUGGAGAUAAGCAAAAGAAAGGAGGAGGAGGAGGAGGAGGAGGAGGAGGAAAGGAAGAUACUGCGAUCGAGAAAGGGGAGUCGAGAGAGGAAUCAGCAGGGGGAGGAGGAGGAGGAGGAGGAGGAGGAGGAGGAGAAGGGAAAAAGGAAGAUCCAGAGAGACGGGAAAGGGAGAAGAAAGAGGCACGGCAGGAGUUUCUACAGGCGGAGUCGGCAGCGCGGUUGGCUAAUCUGCAGAGCAGGUUUUCUGCGAUGAGGGAGGAAGAGGAGGAAAGGAAAAAGCAGGUCAUCCAGAGCGAUGUGGUUAUGGAGGAGGAGGAAGAGAGUGGAGAGAAGGAGAAUGAGGAGGAGGAGGAGGAGGUGGACGAUGAAGAGACUAAAGUCUGUUCGAAUUUGUUCAAAGAGUUUGUCUUUUUCUUAUCGCGAGAGGUAGCGAGGGAGUCGCUUCUGUUUGUCAUUCGAGCCUUUGGCGGCAAAGUAUCUUGGGAUGGGGAUGGCGCACCUUUUCCCGAGUCUUCGGAAGCCAUCACUCAUCAGGUCGUAGAUCGACCGACACAAGGGCACCGGUUUUUGUCAAGGGAGUACGUCCAACCUCAAUGGGUAUAUGACUCUGUAAACACGCGAUUACUACUCUCCUCAACGAGUUAUACAGUGGGAGCAUCUCUUCCCCCUCAUCUCUCUCCGUUUGUAGAUAACGAGGCAGAGGGGUACCUGCCAGAGUACGCAGAGACCAUCACGAGGCUGAAGGAAGCAAUUGCAAAAGCGGAUGCAAAGGCUGGGGUUCUCCCAUUGCCUGGGGCGGAAGAGGAGAUUGCGGAGGGAGAGAGAACGAUAGCCGCCAUGCGAGCGGAAGAAACGGCGGCGGCGGCAAAGGAGGCGGAGCUGGCGAAGCUGGAGGCAAGGUAUACUGAAGAUCUAGCGGAAGAAAUUGCGGGUGUACCCUACUCCGAGUCAUUGUCGUCGAAGAAGAAGACGAAAAGGAAGGGUAGAGAUAGAGACAGUUUUGCGCAAGCAAUUGAGGAGGGGAAUGAAGAAGAGAUGAAGUCUGGAGGUGAGGGCGGGGAGGACGAAGACGAAGAGGAGGAGGACGACGACGAGGAAGAGGAGGGAGAGGAGGAGGAGGAGGAGGAGGAGGAGGAGGAAAAGUCCGCCGAUCAAAAGGUGAGGGCUAAACAGCAGCAGGUCUCGCGGAAGAAGAAAAAGGUCACGUUCGCAGUUGAUGAGGAUGAGGACGAUGCAGCUAUGGCGCAAAUCAUGAUGCCAAGGAAGGCAAGGAAGUUAUACGAGGCCAUGCAGAUGGGAAUAGAGGCGAAGAGAGCAGGUGUUGAGCGGCUUCAGAAACGGAGGGAAGCGUUGGCAGAGCAAGGAGGGAAAAAGAGUAGUGGUUGGGACCACCAGAAGAAGGGAGAGAAGGGUGCACUGAAGGCCUCGAAGAAGAAGAAGGUCCAUAAAUAAUGACACUUUUUUUUUUUUUUUUUUUUUUUUUUUGAACUCGGGUUCUCAAUGAGGAGGCAUCUCCUUGUUGUUGGUUGCUGCCUUUACGCCAUGUGAAGUUUUUGCACGUGCGGGAGAGUUGUCUUGAUUGAUUAGCGAGAGAGGCUGUGUUUUCAGCAUUUGAAAUUUUAAAAAUGCGAAAUGCGAUUCAGCGGCUGUUUCUUUUCAAAAAUUGAAUGAUUCGAACUCACGAUCUUGUACAUAAUUUGGUUCAUGUCAUUGGAUCUGGAGUC